UCCGGCCGCCAACACCGGCAGCGCUUUUUCGCGGUAAAAUCAUAAGAUGAAAUGGGCAUGUGAUGUUGAUAAGACGUAUUCUGAAAUAUAACGUGAAACUGUAUGCUUAAGUUAGUGUUUAGAAAUCGCAUUAUUAGGAGAAUUAGCUCGUCGGCGUCGAUAUGAAGUGAGAGUAAAGCUAACGUUAGCUAACAAAGUAUCAUCGAGACAUCGGACCGUCUGAAGUUUUAUCUUUUCUGCAAUAACACAGUUUCUACACAGCAUAAAAACAAUGGCAGGAGUUACCGGGGAAAGCCUAAAAACAGAGCUGGAAAUGUUUGACAUACCCUGUCAAGAUGACUUCGCCCUCGACAAGAUGGUGGAGCAGUGUAUUAUUAACAGGAUACAGGCUGAUGAGAUGGUGCUGGAGUGGGUGGCCUACAGCCACACAAAAAAUGGACUAAAACUCACCACGGACACCCUGGAACAAUUCGAACAUGAGGUGUUAAAUAAGAGAAAUAAAUCCAAACAAAGCUUCAGAAAAGAAGAAACUCAUAACAGAACCAGAGACGUCCACUCACUGCAAGACUUAAUCAAAGCUGAGGAAGAGGAGGAGAAUCUGCUCGACGCUUACUCCACUCCUGCUAAGGGCUCUCAGAAGCGAGCGCUGACCACUCCUGAACACCCUCAAUCUAAACGAACUGCAGCUCUGCUGGCCAGCCCGAGUCUGCUGUUGUCUCCUGCCAGCUUUUCUCCCAGUGCAACACCGUCCCAGAAGUACAGCCAGCGAGGAGCCAAAGGGGAGGUGGUGGUCACAUUUGGGGCCGUGCAGGGCACCCGCUGGGCGGGCAGGAAGGCUCUAAGCGCCGGUGUUCAGCUGGAGCUGCUGGAAGGGCCUGAAGACUCCCUCCGCUGCAGCUACAAGUACAUGUUCCAAAGACUGCGCGAUGUUCGAAAUGUGUUGACGGAGAAGAUAGAGGAGCUUGGCGACGGCCUCAGGUCUCACUUCAACAUCGAAGAGUUCUCCCCGGUCUCUCUGCCUGCUCAGGACAGUAUAACAGUGUUGGGUCAGAUUUGCUGUGACAGUAAUGGCAAACUGAAUGCACACUCUGUGCUGUUGGAGGCGGGACCGGAGCAAGGCGGUCAGCAAGUACCUGUUGACCUAUCGGAGCUGAAAGAGUACUCCCUGUUUCCUGGUCAGGUGGUGGUGAUGGAGGGAAUGAACACAACAGGAAGAAAACUGAUGGCGUCCAAACUCUACGAGGGAGUCCCUCUUCCUUUCUACACGUCUGAGGCCAAAAUGGAGACAGACGAAGAGCCGAUGAACGUGCUGGUGGCGUGUGGACCGUUCACUCCCUCUGACAGCCUGAACUACGACCCUCUGCUGGACCUGAUCAGCAUCAUUGUCAGGGACCGUCCUGAUGUCUGCCUGCUGUUGGGCCCGUUUGUGGAUUCCAAACAUGAACAAAUCGAGAAAGGCCAGGUGACCGAGACGUUUGAGGCCAUUUUCUCAAGAUGCGUCGAAAGCAUUGUGGAUGGCACCACGAGUGUUGGUUGCCACCUGGUGUUCGUGCCGUCCCAGAGAGACAUCCAUCAUCAUUUCAUCUACCCGCAGCCUCCCUUCACGCUGCCGAACCUCAACAAGGAGCAAGCCCAGCGCGUCACUCUGGUCCCUGACCCCUGCACCCUGCUGAUCGACGGUGUGACCUUUGGCUUGACGUCCACUGACAUCCUCUUUCACAUGGGGGCAGAGGAGAUCAGCUGCGGCACUGGAGCAGACAGAUUUUCACGCAUACUGAAACACAUGCUGACACAGAGGAGUUAUUUCCCGCUGUACCCACCUGCGGAGGAGAUCAACAUGGAUUACGAGAAGUUCCAAAACUUCGGCCAGAUGCCGCUGACCCCAGACGUCCUCAUUGUUCCCUCCGAGCUGCGCUAUUUUGUAAAGGAUGUGGUCGGCUGCGUUUGUGUCAAUCCUGGACGACUGACCAAAGGCCAGGUGGGCGGGACCUACGGUAGGCUGCUAAUUCAGCGCAGCGCUACAUCAGUGGACGCGCAGAGAGUGAGCCCCUGUCUGGCUGCUCAGGUGGUGAAAAUCUGAGAAGAAAUUGAGACUUUGAAUGCUCAUUGACACCAGAAAUGAGCCAAAUAACCAGGACAAGUGUGCAAGCAGCUUUGAGCACUGCGCUCUCCAGGCAUGCUGAUGGAAAAUAUGUUAAAAAAAAAACAAAAAACAAUUCACUGAACUGUCUUGCCCAAGGAUUUAUUUUUAUAUGACAAACAUGUCUGUUCGGUGUCAUUACUGUGGUAGAGUAUCAGACUCAACAGCAAUUACAAUCUCUUUUCAAUAAAUUAUUGUCACUUUUUGUACUUUUUUUGUACUUUUCACACACUUAAAGUACUCAAGGGCAUUUUGUCAGGUUUGUUGUGAUUGGAAGUGAAAGAAACCUGCUUUGGUGGCUCUAAUUGUCCAAAAACUAAAAUAAAUAAAUUCUUAAUAUGUAAA